GUAUCGCAUUCUGAAAUGGCGAUCGAGGGAAGAACGUUCUUCCUUUCGUCAUGCCUCUCCCAUAUCGAACUCUCCUCUAUCUUGAACUUUGCAUUCCAUAUGUUCUUGGCUUCCCAUAUUGUUUUCAUCGCCAUUCAUUAUCGUCACCUUGCUGGAAGAGAUUCCUUUCUUAGGGGAAACUGGUCUUAGCUCCAAGAGCCAAGGCGGGCCUCGAC